AAACAUUAGGUGAGUACAUUUAAAUAUAUUUAGUGAUGACAAAAAUUGUUUAGUGAGUAAAAGAAGAUGGAUGUAAUGAAAUGGCUUUAUAGAGACAUCAUGCAAUUUGCAAUUAGGUGUAUAAUGACCUUUUGUCUGCUUUCUAGGAUGAGACUUGACAAUAAAUUUGCAAUUAAAUGCAUAUAGAAGCAUAGUUUGAGCGGCAGAAGAGCUUUUCUGUUAGGCCUCUGUGUAUACUGUGCCCAGCCUACGUUCUCCUCACAACUCAUCCACCUGACUGGCCUUCUUUCUUCUUAGGGCUAAUUUACAGGCCACGGCUCACCGAAGGAGGGGGAUAUUGCUCUGCGGCUAUACCUCUCUGGCUUGGUCAUUAAUUCCAGCUUUCUGUGUCCCAGUUCCCAUCCAGCUAAGUGGAUAAUGAUAUUAUCUUUGGUUCAAAGGAAUAUUUUAUAAACUUUAAAAUUAUAUGCACUGAGCCUUUAAACACAUUGACUUCUUUAUCCAUUCAGGUGUCAGAUGUUUACUUUGCAAAGCAGAGACCUGAUUCAUGAUGUGUGGAACUAUAAAUCCUAAGGGUGACUGGGAAUGUAAACAAGAAUAAGCUGUUUGUUUCCUGAUGGCUUUUAGCGUAUACUGACAUACCAUUUGUGAUGGCAUCUGAGACUGAGAAGACCGAUGCUUUACUCCAGUCUUGUAGCACUGAAUCUCUUAUUUCCAGCCUUGGUCUGGGCAUUUUCUGCCUAGUAGCUGACAGACUUCUUCAGUUUUCCAUAAUUCAACAAAAUGACUGGCUUCGUGCACUCUCAGAUAAUUCAGUACAUUGUGUGAUUGGCAUGUGGUCAUGGGCAAUAGUCAUUGGAAUCAAGAAGAAGAUUGACAUUGGAGAAAUCAUUUUAGCUGGAUUUUUAGCCUCUGUUAUUGAUAUAGACCACUUUUUUCUAGCUGGAUCCCUAUCUUUAAAGGCUGCUAUGACUCUUCCACGAAGACCUUUCCUUCACUGUUCUACUGUGAUACCCGCUGUGGUUCUGACCCUGAAGUUUACGAUGCACCUUUUCAAGCUCAAAGAUUCAUGGUGCUUUCUUCCCUGGAUGUUAUUUAUAUCCUGGACAUCACACCAUGUUCGAGAUGGAAUUCGCCAUGGCUUGUGGAUAUGCCCAUUUGGAGAAACUUCUCCUUUGCCAUUUUGGCUUUAUGUAAUAAUCACAUCAUCUUUACCUCACAUCUGUUCAUUCGUUAUGUAUUUCACAAGGACCAGCCAAGUGAUGUCUUCAAAACAUGGAAUUCAUAUUGAUGUCUGAGAUAACCAUAUGGCAGUCUUAAAGAACCAAUGGUUGAGAAAAUGACAGCCGACAUUAAAGUGAAUUUUAAAAACAUGUUAGGUACUUAAUUAUAAGAUAUAUAAUGAAUGCUAACAUUUAUUUAUUUCAUAUAUUUUGAUCCUGACUGAAGUUUAAUUUGCCAAGUGCUUUAGUGAGUUGUGAUUACUGGCAGAAACUGCUUUCGUGCACUUAUGUUAUAAUAUUCUU